UAGGAAGUAAAGAUGACAGGAUGGGAAACAAAAGCUCCAGCUCCCAGGAGUUCUGGACACUGCGGGAGAGUGGGGUGACAUGAGUGACUCCAAGGAACCAAGACUGCAGCAGCUGGGCCUCCUGGAGGAGGAACAGCUGGGAGGCGCUGGAUUCCGACAGACUCGAGGCUACAAGAGCUUAGCAGGGUGUCUUGGCCAUGGCCCCCUGGCGCUGCAACUCCUCUCCUUCACGCUCUUGGCUGGGCUCCUUGUCCAAGUGUCCAAAGUCCCUAGCUCCCUAAGUCAGGGACAAUCCAAACAAGAUGCGAUCUACCAGAAUCUGACCCAGCUUAAAGUUGCAGUCAGUGAGCUCUCAGAGAAAUCCAAGCAGCAGGAGAUCUACCAGGAGCUGACCCGGCUCAAGGCUGCAGUGGGUGAGCUUCCAGAGAAAUCCAAGCAGCAGGAGAUCUACCAGGAGCUGACCCGGCUCAAGGCUGCAGUGGGUGAGCUUCCAGAGAAAUCUAAGCAGCAGGAGAUCUACCAGGAGCUGACCCGGCUCAAGGCUGCAGUGGGUGAGCUUCCAGAGAAAUCCAAGCUGCAGGAGAUCUACCAGGAGCUGACCCGGCUGAAGGCUGCAGUGGGUGAGCUUCCAGAGAAAUCUAAGCAGCAGGAGAUCUACCAGGAGCUGACCCGGCUCAAGGCUGCAGUGGGUGAGCUUCCAGAGAAAUCCAAGCAGCAGGAGAUCUACCAGAAGCUGACCCAGCUGAAGGCUGCAGUCGAUGGCUUGCCAGACAGGUCCAAGCAACAGGAGAUCUACCAGGAGCUGAUCCAGCUGAAGGCUGCAGUGGAACGCCUGUGCCGCCCCUGUCCCUGGGAGUGGACAUUCUUCCAAGGAAACUGUUACUUCAUAUCGAACUCCCAGCGGAACUGGCAUGACUCCAUCACCGCCUGCCAGGAGGUGGGGGCCCAGCUCGUCGUAAUCAAAAGUGCUGAGGAGCAGAACUUCCUACAGUUGCAGUCUUCCAGAAGUAACCGCUUCACCUGGAUGGGACUUUCAGACCUAAAUCACGAAGGCACAUGGCAAUGGGUGGAUGGCUCACCUCUGUUGCCCAGCUUCAAGCAGUAUUGGAACAAAGGAGAGCCCAACAAUAUUGGGGAGGAAGACUGUGCGGAAUUUAGUGGCAAUGGCUGGAACGAUGACAAAUGCAAUCUUGCCAAAUUCUGGAUCUGCAAAAAGUCAGCGGCCUCCUGCUCCAGGGAUGAAGAACGGUUGCUCUCCCCAGCCCCUACCACCCCAAACCCCCCUCCUGAGUAGCAGAACUUCACCCACUUUUAAGCUACAGUUCCUUCUCUCCAUCCUGCGACCUUCACAAAAUCUCUGGGACCGUUCUCUGUCAGAUUCUUUCUCCUUUAGAAGGCUGGGUCCACAUUCUGUCCUUCUUGUCAUGCCUCCAAGUUCCCCUGGUAUAGAGCUUGUUUUUCUGGCCCACCUUUGGAGCUUUAUGAGUGAGCUGGUGUGGGAUGCUUUUGGAGGGGGUGGACUUGUGUUCCAAGAAUCCACUCUCUCUUCCUUUCCGAGAUCAGAAUAUUUGGGUUGCCAUGUGUAGCUUCUAUGUCCCCUGCGGCAUUAUCUCAUAUAUGCAAACCUACAAUCUGUUCAACUUCCACCUACCACCUCCUGCACCCCUUUGACUGGGGACUUACUGGUUGCAAGAGCUGAUUUUGCAGGCUGGAAGUACCAGGGAAUUAAUUCCCCCAGUCUACCAAUGGCACCCAGAGAGGCAUGGAGGCUCCACACAACCGCUUCCACCUCCCACAUCUUCCUUUGUCUUAUACAUGACUUCCAGUUGGCUGUUUCGAAGUUGUAUUCUUUAUGUUAUUAUUAUUAUUAUUAUUUUUAGAGAUGGAGUUUCGCUCUUGUUGCUCAGGCUGGAGUGCCAUGGCGC